UUUAUAAAGAGAUUUUCCUCUUUUUAAUCCACGAGACCCCCGGCGCAGCCUCAGCACUCGGCGCACCGUCGGCACCGCGGGGCAAGAGCCGAUCCUUCCUUCCUUCGCUCCUUCCAGCGGGAGAGCCCCGGGCGGGGACAAAGCCCCGGCGGCUCGGCCCCGACACCGCCCCGCGGGAUGGGCGGCCGUGCCCCGCGGGCUGCGGGGCAGCGCGGCGCCGGAGCGCAGAGGUCUUAAUGAAAUAGCUAUAAAAGAAACAGUUGGGACUUCAACAUGGCUUUCCAUGUGGAGGGGCUGGUGGCCAUAGUUGUCUUCUACCUGGCAAUCCUGGCAGUAGGGAUAUGGGCUGCUUGGAAAACCAAGAACACCGGCAGCGAAGGAGAUCGCAGCGAAGCCAUUAUCGUCGGUGGAAGAGAUAUUGGUUUGCUAGUUGGUGGAUUUACAAUGACAGCCACAUGGGUUGGAGGAGGUUACAUCAAUGGGACAGCAGAAGCUGUGUAUGUCCCAGACUAUGGUCUAGCUUGGGCUCAGGCUCCUAUUGGAUAUUCCCUUAGCCUGGUUUUAGGUGGCCUUUUUUUUGCAAAACCCAUGCGAUCCAAAGGCUAUGUGACAAUGUUGGACCCCUUUCAGCAGCUUUAUGGAAAAAGGAUGGGAGGGCUGCUGUUUAUUCCAGCUUUAAUGGGAGAAAUGUUUUGGGCUGCUGCCAUCUUCUCUGCCUUAGGUGCGACUAUAAGUGUGAUCAUUGACAUUAAUGUCAAUAUUUCAGUCAUUAUUUCUGCCCUGAUUGCCACUUUGUACACACUCGUGGGUGGAGUUUAUUCUGUGGCCUACACCGAUGUAGUUCAGCUCUUCUGCAUCUUCCUGGGACUGUGGAUCAGUGUCCCCUUUGCCAUGUCCCAUCCUGCAGUAACAGACAUUGGGCUCACGGCUGUGCACCACGUGUACCAAGCACCUUGGCUUGGAUCUAUCAACUCCCUUGACAUCUACACAUGGUUGGACAAUUUCUUUUUACUGACAUUAGGAGGAAUUCCAUGGCAAGCGUAUUUCCAGAGAGUUCUUUCCUCAUCUUCUGCCACAUACGCUCAAGUCCUGUCAUUCCUGGCUGCUUUUGGCUGUCUUGUGAUGGCUAUUCCUGCAGUGCUGAUUGGAGCAAUUGGAGCAUCUACAGCUUGGAACCAGACUGAAUAUGGUGUCCCUGACCCCAAGAGCAAAAAAGAAGCAGAUAUGAUUUUACCAAUCGUGCUGCAGUACCUUUGUCCAGUCUACAUCUCGUUCUUUGGCCUGGGUGCUGUGUCUGCUGCUGUGAUGUCCUCAGCUGACUCCUCAAUUUUAUCAGCAAGUUCUAUGUUUGCUCGGAACAUUUACCAGCUUGCCUUUCGGCAAAAUGCUUCAGACAGGGAAAUUGUGUGGGUCAUCAGAAUCACUGUUCUUCUGUUUGGAGCAUCAGCAACAGCGAUGGCACUGCUGGCUUCAUCGGUGUACGGCCUCUGGUACCUCAGCUCUGACCUCAUCUAUAUCAUCAUAUUCCCCCAGCUCCUGUGUGUGUUAUUUAUCAAAGGAACCAACACCUACGGUGCCAUUGCAGGAUACCUGUUUGGCCUUGUCCUCAGAAUAACGGGAGGAGAGCCAUACCUCUACCUUCAGCCCUUGAUCUUCUACCCUGGCUGGUAUCAAGAUGAUAACAACCUCUAUAUCCAGCGAUUCCCAUUUAAAACACUUGCUAUGCUCACCUCCUUCUUUACUAAUGUCAUAGUCUCCUACUUAGCCAAAUACUUAUUUGAAAGUGGGACUUUGCCACCAAAGCUGGACUUUCUUGAUGCUGUUGUUGCCAGAUACAGUAGAGAACACAUGGACAAAGCAACUCUUGUAAAAAGUGACAAUAUUGUAUUAAAUGAACUUGCACCUGUGAAUCCACGACACAGUCUAACUUUGAGCUCAACUUUCACCAACAAGGAAGCCUUCAACUACGUUGAUUCAAGCCCAGAACUGUCCAACACUGAAGAUAAUUAAAAAAUCUCAUAGCCACAGGCAAAACAAUGAGAAGCAGGAUAUUCUACAAAGAAGUAUUUUAUCAGAAGGAAAGCAAGAAUUGGGAAUAAAAUGCCGCUGCACAUUCUUUAAGUUGUUUCUAGGAGCAGGAGCAUCUCAUGGGAGGAACUCUUUUCUGCUGUUAUCUAAUAUGUUGGAUUAGAUCACAGAGUGUUUACUAAAGUAUACGUUCAAUCCCAUUCCUUCCAUCCAGAGCUAUAUACUGUACCAUUAAAAAAAUAUUUAAAAUUUAAAAAUAUGUAGAAGAAAAUGUGCAACAGUUCUUAGCUAGGAUAUCAUAUGAAGAGUUUAUAAUACAGUAAGUCUGAAAUAUUAUCACUCAGCAUUUUAUUGGCAUUAAGUGAAAAUAUAUUGCCACAGCUAUAAGUGAUUUAUUACUAAAGAGCUAGUUGCUUGAGCAAAGACAGAUAGAUAAAUUCCCUGGGGUUUUGGCCUGGUAAUUUUUUUCCUCAUAAAGAAAUUUAAAUAAUACAAUCUAGUAAUUUAUUAUUUGUAUGAGACAGCAAAAUGCACAAAUAGUAAUAAAGUCCUUUUAGGAGUGCUAAACAUGAUAUAUUAAUUUUUAAAAGUUAAAAUUAAAUCACCAGUUUAAAAUUAUGUUAUAGCUGAUAUAAGGCAACCUUAAGCAAAAUAUGUUAAUCUGGGUGUUCUCUUUCUUUUUCUGUGGUUAGUGACUGCCACCAAAAUUCUUAGAGCAAUAACUGGAAUUGAAAUUCGGCUUGUGAAAAAUGGCUCCUAUAGAAAAACUCUAAAGAGAAUUUUUCAGUGUUGGUUGAAGAAGACUUAUCUUGACUUAUCAUCAAAAUGAACACAAGCAAAGCAGUUCAACACCGAGCAACUUCACCAAUGGAAUAAAUAUUGAAAAGUAAAGAGAAUCAAGAAGCUUUGAAAGAGAAAUGAGAGGGGUUUCCUUGCAGAAAAUUCUCAAUUUUCACUUACUAAAAAAAGCUAUUCUUAAAGAUGCUGAAAAAUCUUUUGGCUUGGUCAUGCUGGAAUUACUCUGAAAAAUCCAAAUUUUGCAUAGAAAAUAACAUCUCCUCAAAAAUUUCUCAAAAAACCAGGCUUGCUCUACAGCUUUCCACAUCUCUAAGUGUUUGCCUCUGAAAGCAGCUUGGAGAGGAACUGAAAGGAAUGCUGAACCCACAAACACAGAGAGAGGCACAGUGGUGUCCUCCACUAAGUGCCGGACUCCUCCUUUGAUCCCUGCGCUCCUGGCCGUCCCAGUGAGCCUGCAGAGCAGCAGCACUGGCCAGGUGCAGACAAAACGUGGCUCACGAAUGGCAAUGCUGGCCAGAAGCAGCAAAGUGGGGAGAUGAGGGCUCUGCUGACUGCCCAGGCCAGCAGGAACACGCAGUGCUGUCUCCACUUGCCCAGGGCCAGGAUGAUUGUGUCUGUCCCCAUUGGUAUGUGCCUUUCUCAGCGCGAGCUCCAGUAGCUACAUUUCUCUACAAUUAAGGGUUAUGCUCCAAUAAUUCUUUUUAAAAUCUGUGUAUGACGCAAAAUGUUCGGUUGAAAUCCAGAUAUCCUCCUGUUGCUGGUCACCAGUGAAAUUUCUUUUUUUAACACUCACAGCACGAGGAGUUAUAAGGGAGGAUAGGAGACGUAAGAAUAGGUUUUGCUGCUAAAGGAAGAAGCCAUCAACUUGUGCAUUCAGUGUUGACAUAAGCUUUCACAAGCUUUGAAUACUUAGAUAUGUUUUGCUCCUUUUGUGGAGUCUUAACAGCAUACAUAUAUAUUUAAUAUGUAGAGAAAAUUCAUUUCAGAGAUGUUGAUUUUUUUUUCUCCUUACACUGCAUUUAAAAAUAACAUUGCAGCUCAUUUCUGAAUAUGCACUGUGACCUGCAGUACUACUGUGCUUACCAAUAUGAAGUGUGCUCUGGGUGGAGGGAAUCAAAACCAGGAUAUACAGUAAAAACUCAGAAGAGCCAGUAUAGCAAAGAAAUUAAAAACUCCUGUGAGAUGAGUUAAUAGACCACCCAUGAAAUUCAGGGUGCUGAGUAUCACAAACCAAACAUGAGCCCAGCAGUCUUAAUUCCCCCAUGAAGCACAGAAGGGAGAUAAGGAAAUAGACUUUGUAGAGGAAAGAGGGGAAGAACAGAGGCACUGCUGAAUUAUUCUUCAUUUUCAGCCCAAAUCCACUAGUCUGAAUCCCUUCUUAUGGGAAAAUAUCAAGUCACAGUUUUACCUGCUUACAUAGCCAAUGCCUUAUGCUGCUGUUCCAAAUUAAGUUAGAGGAUCCCAUUUUACAGUCACCUGUAGGCCUUCCUAAAAACCUUUCUCUUACCUCAUUUUUGUCCAGAAAUUGCUAGAAUUUCACUGCAAGAUGCUGCAUAGUGACCAGAUGCUUUGAAUACAGCAACAUUUCAAUAUUAUUUAUUUCAAAAUGCCCAGUUAUGGGAAGGGAAAAAAAGAAAAGAGAAGGGGAUUGAGCUGGAAUAAUUUAAGAAAUUUUGAUUGAAAAAUAAAAUUAUUUUUCUUUUGUAUUCCAUUGUUGCCAUAAAAAUGUAAAUGGCUUUAAAAUGCUCAAAAAAAGGUAGGUGAAAAAUAUAAGUGUUAGCCCAAAAAUUUCAAACCAGACACUUUAAACAUUAUCAGAAUAUUUUGCACUUUCUAUCCUAUAGAAAUUUUUUUAAUUGAUACUAUUUUAUGCAGUAUUCCUGCUUAGAUGGAUUACAAAAGCCCAAUCAAACAGCCCCAUGCAAAGUCUGUUUACAGGUUUUAUUGCCUUAGCUCAGCUGUCCUACCAUUUAAUUUGUACAGAGCUGUUCAUAUAACCAAAGGCCAUAUCUGUGAUUGAUAGCUGUGGGGGGAAAAAAAGAGCAAAAAACAAAAAACCAAAACAAACAAACAAACAAAAAAAACCUAGGUUACUUCCACAAGCAAAGUGCCAACAGGAUGUGAUUCUUUAAGCAUAUUUUAUUUUCAGAGGAAUUACAAGUUUUUCUCCCCUUUUGCAAUUUGUGGACAGUAGUACUGUACAGUAAAUUCGAUUUAUAAUCAGUGAAGCAAACAGCUCAUUUUCAGACACUGAGGUUAUUGUUUCUGAGCCUACAAUUUUAAGGUAAAAUAUUCAUUAUACAAUCAUACAUUUUACUUUCAUAUUCUUCACCUUUGUGAAUAACAUUUAUUUGACAGGGGGUUUUUUUCCUCCUUUGCAUGAGAUGUAUUCAUAAAAUCAAGGUUGAUAACAUAGCUGACAUGUCAAAAAAGUUAUUUCUUCUCUACUUGUCCAAAUGGGAUGGUAUACGUAUUAUAAACAAACCAUACUUUUGUGAACCUGAACUGAAUGUAAACAUUAAGUGGAUCAAAUAAAGUCAGAUUUAGUGUUUUAUUUUCAUAUAGUACAAGAGUUUAGGAGUUCAAAUAGAAGUGUCAUAGGAAAAAACUGUUAUUCAUUUUCCUUCUGCCCAAGUGUAUUGGUCAAGUUCCAUGUGCAGUUAGUAAGUUAUUGUAAGUCUGCUACUAAUCAGGGCAGUAUUUGUGGAUGUAGUUAAAAAAAAAAGUAUAUUUUUGUCUGUGUCAGAAAUGCUAUAUUAAGACUAUACUUAACAAAGCAGAUAGGAAGCAUAAUAUAGAUAUCUAUGUUUUAACUUCAUUUGUAUUGUAUUCAAUAACGUCCAUGCAUUUCAAGAAAACACUGUCUGGUUUUGGGUCUGCUUUGUCCAUCUAUUAAAAAUAAAGACGUUUAUUUUAUUAUCA